AUGGUUUAUAAGAAAAGAAGUAACUAUGAAAAUUGUGAAAACUGUUACAUCCACUCUGAAAAGAGAACAAGAAAGACGAAAAAGAUAAAAUCUCCGAGCAAUUCAGAUCUUUUUCCUUGUAAGUUUAGGGAAAACAACUACUCUACAGAAAUACCCAAUACAAAGCUAAGUACAUCCAGUCUGUAUGACGGUUGUGAGUCAAAGAAACGCACCAAACUGCAGACUAAACCCCUCAACAGAUCACAUCGCAGUUUGUGUUACUCCUCGUACUCUAUAAACGAUGUGUGCGGAAGAUGUGAAACACCAUUGCUACGAGGGAGAAAACCAGCUUAUGACUCUUCCAACAUUGACUUAUUGAAUAUCCCUGAAAGUGACCGUCGGAUUCUUGAAAUUCUAGCAUUGAAGAAAGAACAAGAGAUUGAAAGUGAGAAAAUAGCCUACCAAUCUCAGCUGCUUUGGGAGAAAUCACAGAAUGAAAGAAUCAAGCGUAACGAAUUGAGGGAAAGACAAGUUCACGAGUCUCUGAAAAAAGCAAUUAUUGAUGUAAAUUUUAGACAAAAAGAAGAUGAAGUAGAAGAAUUUUUCCAGAGGCAUAUUGAAGAAUUGGAGGAAAAAUUGAACAGAGCCGAAUCUCAACGGCGGAGUAGGCAGGAACAAAUUCAUAGGAGAGUAGCGAGUGCCAACAGAAGUGAGGAUGUGAGACAUCAAGAGAACAUGUUGGACUUGCUGGCCGAACAGUCAUUGACACAACAUCAGAAACAACGGCAAUGUCGGGAGAGAGAGUCUAGAGCAAGAGAGAGACACAUCGAGAUCCGACAGAGGAGAGAGAGAAGCCUAAAACAAAUGAGGGCAGAACAAGAGGAAAGGGCAGCCAUUGUGAGAGAGAUGCACCGGGAAUUGGAGAGGGGACUAGAGGCUUGGCAAGAUCAGGUGAUGUUGCUACAGUGGGCAGACCAUCAGAGAGCGGAGGCAGUGGUCCAAUCACAGAAGGAAGAUCGCAAAAUGAAGGUCGAAGUGGAAAACAAAGAGAGACAAAUACUUCACCAACAACGGUUAAAAAAAGUGAGAGAAGCAGAACAGAAGAGACAGCAGAGUGUACGACAAGAAAUAACUGCCAAAGAGGAAAAGAUUAGAUCUCUUCAGAGACAAAGAGAAAGAGAGUUACUAGAAGGCAGAGCGCAGGCUCAGAUGACUGCAGAUCUCAGAGAACACCUCAGACAAACACUGUCCCCGGAGACAUUUGACAGGAAGGUAGCUCGUGCAGCUCUAGAGACUCGCAUGUCCAACCGUCCGAUAUCUGUGAGUCCCUCACUGCUGUCUUCUCACAUACACCUUGGCUAGACAACAACAGUCAUCAUUAGGGAUAGAGUUCAGACCAGAGUAUAUACAGCACUUCUUCAGAGAAGAUUGAAAUGAAAUACCAGUUUAAACUUUUCAAUUGGUGUAACCUCCAGUGUUACCAACUUUGAACACUAAAAAAGGUCUAGUCGCAGAUAUUAUUUUAGGCUUGAUACUGUAUAUACAAAAAUAACCAAAAAUAAGUUU